GCGGGGCGCUGGCGGCCGCCAUUUUGUGGGAGGGCGCUGGCGAAGGGCAGAGCGCGGCAGCGAGGGGACAAGUGACCAUGGCAGGCCAUGACUCAGGAUCUCAACACCAGUUCACUGGAUUUCAGAAAUACUUCAAUUCCUAUACCAUCAUAGGCAGGAGGAAUUAUGUAAUAGCGACGUAUACAAGCAUUGCAAUGCUCAUCUUAUACUUCAAGCUUAGGCCUAAAAAGAAAACUCCUGCUGUGACAGAAAAGUAAACGGUUGCUGGCAUGACUGAACCUCCCAUCUAUGUCAUUGUAACAGAAGUUGAUGUCCUGUGUACGGCGAGCCUAAUAAAAUAUAUACAAUGA